AGGAGGAGGCUACCAGCCGAAGGGGGUAGCCGAUUCCCGGAGAGGAUUUUUUGUUCUCGUCGUCCAGAAUGAUCAAAUCGUGACGGCGGCGAAUGAAAACAGAGAUAAAAGCAUCACAAAACAUGAUGCCGACUACCGUGGAAGAUCUUCCGUCGGGCCUGUGAGUGUCGGCAGGUUCCCAACCGCCGCCUCUUCGGGGGGUUCUGCCGUCUGAGUCCGUCCUGACCCGCGACUCCGCCAGGCGAUGACAGCGGCUACAGCCACUCCGCAGGUGAUGAGAGACCGGCUGCUACAGGCCAUCGACGGCCAGAGCAAUCAGAUAUGCAACAUGGUGGUAGUUAUGGAGGUGAUCUCCCUUUUGGAGAAAUAUCCUAUCACUAAAGAGGCCCUGGAGGAAACCCGUCUUGGCAAGCUCAUCAAUGACGUCCGGAAGAAAACCAAGAAUGAGGACCUUGCAAGACGGGCAAAGAAGCUCCUGCGAAACUGGCAGAAGCUGAUUGAGCCAGGGAAGGGUGAGGUGUUGUCCAAAGGACUCACCAGUGCAUCGUGGUCUUCCAACGGUGGGGCUCAUCCCUGUAUCUCCGCUCCAGCUGCCGCCACACCAUCAGGUAAAUUAGGUCCAGAGUUGAAGAACAGAAAUGACUUCAACAACUGCUCCUCCCCUAGGCUGGAAAAACUGAACAGCAGGAAACGUAAGGGUGACCAGAAGGAAGGACAGCUCUUACCAGCCAAGAUAUCCAAAACAACUCUUAAUGAUAAAAUACAAAACGCCAAACCGCUGCCAACCAAUAGGAUUAGUGGUAGCUCUGAAAUUUUUACAGAUACUCGUGCACAUCAGCCUUUAGACAGAGAGAUUUCUGAGCCGUUGGACAGUGACAGGCUAAAUAAAAUCCCUGUCAAUGCUGUAAAACCUCAUCCAAGUGCCCCGGGAUACAGCAAGCCUCCUAGCACUUCUUCUUUGCUAAAAGCAUCAGUUCUGCAGCAGCAAGCCCGACAGGAGCAAGCUGCCUCUGGGGGGCAGUAUCGACCCAGAAGCCCACGCGGUUCCUUGCAGAGUCCUCGAACUCCAAAGCAGGAAGCUGGCGUUAAACAAACUUCAUCACAAGCACAGAGUCUUUCUAGCCCCACUGUGUGGCCUGGGUCUGUGGAGACCUCUGGGCUGGGGCCUUCCCCUCAGCCUUUCAAUGUUUGUGUUCAGGGUUUGCACACUGAUGGUUCAUGGUCUGCAGAUAUGGACUCUAAAAGCAGGCCUCCCAAAACAUCUCUUCACAACUCAUAUCCCUCCUCCUGUAGUGAUGGGGUAAGUAUGGAAGACGAUGGUGCUGUUAACAAUACAGGGAAAAGGAAAGGACAGAAAUACAAGCCUAAGGACUAUGUGGUAAAGUUAGAUGGACAGGCUGUAGAAGACUGCACUAAACCAGUCAGGUUAAAAGACCGGAGACUGACAUUUGAUCCUGUGACAGGACAGAUCAAAUCCUCCUUUCAGAAGGAGUCUUGCCAGGAGGGGGGCUCUACACUGGGCCACAAACCUGAAUCUCAGUGGUCAGAACAGUCGAAGCAGAAUCCACCAGUUCCUCCCAGUCCCUUCCAGCAGACAGACUGGAAAGAGCUGUCAAGGAGCGAAAUCAUCCAGUCAUACCUUAGUCAGCAAAGCAACGUGCUGACAUCGUCAGGCGCCCACACUCCCAGUGCACACUUUUUCAUGACAGAGUUCUUGAAAAAGGAGGAACACCACAGUAACGAUGCAAAGAAAACUCACGCUUUGGCACCAGAACUCCCAGCCAGGGAUUUACCGGGGAUUAGCAGAGAGGUCAUCAGUGAAGACCUGAACAGAUUACACACACAACACUGGUCCGGGGUUAAUGGUUGCUACGACACAAAGGGUAAUUGGUUUGACUGGACGGAGUGCAUCUCUUUAGACCCGCAUGGAGAUGAGAGCAGGUUGAACAUAUUGCCGUACGUCUGUCUGGAUUGAAACUGAGUUCAGGUUUCUGAAUUACAAGUUGUAAACUGCCUUCAUCGCACAGCGGAGCAACGUUGCAUAUGUGAAGGCUCUUCAUUUAAGUGUAAGAUGCUGUUUUGCACCGUUGAUGAAAGUGGAGUCAAUAUAUGCUGCCUGCUUGGGUGUGCGUAGAGCACAGGGGGUGUAAUCAGUGUUUUUAUCAGUUUUUUUUAAAACAUGUGAGGACAGCGUGAAGGAAAAAGGCUAUGCAUCAUCUGACCAUUUAGUUGUUGGUGUUCAGUAACUCUACAGAUUGAGUGUCCAAUACCUGCCAUUCUUUGUAUGCAAGAGGACGUGGCGUUAAACUGCACAGCUCCAUUUUAUUUGUCUUAUGUUAUCCACAUGCCUAGUGGAAUGUGACUUUGCUGAAUUUUUUGCAUCCACUCACAUUAAGUCCACAGUGUAGUAUUUUUCCAUUUAAAGUUUUGCCCAAUUUUAUGUCUAAAAGACCUGUGACUCAAUUAACUUAAUUACAUUUCAGUAGUAAGCUAUAUAAUUGGAGCAGACAUCCAACAGAUACAUCUCCCAAUGCUGUUUUUGUUGGCACUUUGCUCAUGCAUCUUGAACAAGCCUGUGUAGCUGUUACGCCUGAAGUGAAUGCUGUCUUUAAGUAUCUAAGUUUAUUCUCGGUAUUAACAACUGUCAACUGUUCGUGCUGUGGAAAAACCUUUAUCAUUGCACCUUUCAAACCGCUGUUCCACCAUUGCACAGCUGUCUCAUGCAGCGACUUUUAUCAGAAAGAAUAACCGACAGAUCAGUUUGGAAACUUUUGAAUAUUCUUCUUGUGUUGUGAGGGUUGAAUGCUGUUCAAUAAAGUGACAUGAAACUGCCGGAUGUGACUUUGCAGUUUGAGGUGAGAGAAAGAAAGGCUUGUGUUGGGCUAGAACAAUACAUGCCGAUAAAGAAAUGUGGCUGUCAUGUAUGAUAUUUAUUUACAUUUACAUAUUCGUUUUAAGCUUUAUAUACAUGUUCAGACUACACUAAAUCAUCUUUUGUUAGAUGUCUUUAUUCAGAAUCGGUUAAGUGUUGCGGCAGAGACUUUCUAAGCUUUUCCUGUUGGUACACUGAUCUAUCUUAUACAGGAAAACUCUCUGAAAUGACACAUUUUGAUAAUGUGAACCAAUUUUAUUUUAUACUUGCCUUUUCCCUUUACUGUGUAUUUAGGUUGUAAAAUAUGAAUUGAAUUGGCAGAGCAGAUUACGCUACUAGCUUGCAUCUUUGUACUGUUGGAAGGAACUGAGAUUUAAAUUGACAUGCUGGAUAAAGUACUUAAUAUCAUUCCUUUAGAUAUUGUUUGCCUUAUGGAAACCUCUGUUUUCCCUAAAGACAGAGCCUUAGUGAAUGUACAGAAACUAGCCUUUUGUGUUCAGUUGAAUGCAGAAGAGAACAUAUUUGCUACUUUGUCCUUUAAGGGACAU